CCGUCUCCUGGAUCAGUGUCUUCACAGAUACCAGAGGGUGCAUUUGGUUUUUUGAUUUGUGUCUCAGGAUGAAAGUCUUAAAGGGAGCGCUGCUGCCGCUGCUGCUCGCUGUUGCUAACGCGAAGCCAGACCACGAUCACGAUCACGAUCACGAUCACGAUCACGAUCACGAUCACGAUCACGAUCACGAUCACAAUCACACGGAUCAAAAGCCUGUGGACCCCGAUCACUGCCAGGUCCUGAAGAUGUAUGGCGAAGACGACGUGCAGCAGAUUUUGGGGGACUGGGUCCUGGUCUGGUCGGUUUUGGACCACCAACAUGGUCAGGACCUCCUGAAGAACCUCAGCAGCUCCCAUGUAGAGAUGAGACUUCAGGAGGACAAUCAGACCCUGAUGUUCAGCGAGAGGAAGGGCUUGAGUAACAACAACUGCAUCAACAACUACAUCAACAUGUCCAUGGAGCUCCUGCACAACCCCAACCAAACAAUGCACCCCAUCGAAGGCACCAUAAAAUCGAUAUCCACUGGUGAGAUUCUUGCCACGUCCUCGACCCCUGCUGCCGCUGCCGCCACGACCACCAUCAAAGCCGCCGCCACCACGACCACCAUCAAAGCCGCCACCACCACGACCACCAUCAAAGCCGCCACCACCACGACCACCAUCAAAGCCACCACCACCACGAACACCAUCAAAGCCGCCGCCACCAACAACCACCCCCGACACAGAGUAGCACCUCCGGUCGUUGGCAUGCCCACAGUCACGAGCCAUGUGGCCUGGUUUGUUGCAGUUGUAGCACACAUCCUCCGUUUGGUCACAGUCCCUGGCCAAAUGUCCUUGAUCUCCACACCGAUAACAGAACAUCUCCUUGCCACGUCCUCGACCCCUGCUGCCGCUGCCGCCACGACCACCAUCAAAGCCGCCGCCACCACGACCACCAUCAAAGCCGCCGCCACCACGACCACCAUCAAAGCCGCCGCCACCACAACCACCCCGACCAGUGGAGCAAUGCCUGGCCUUCUGGCUUCUACACAGCAUAGAUUUGGCCAUAGCACACGGGAUCACGCAGGAGGACGUGACCUCUGUCUUGCCACGUCCUCGACCCCUGCUGCCGCUGCCGCCACGACCACCAUCAAAGCCGCCGCCACCACGACCACCAUCAAAGCCGCCACCACCACGACCACCAUCAAAGCCGCCGCCACCACGACCACCAUCAAAGCCGCCGCCACCACGACCACCAUCAAAGCCGUCACCACCACGACCACCAUCAAAGCCGCCACCACCACGAACACCAUCAAAGCCGCCGCCACCACAACCACCCCGACCAGUGGAGCAAUGCCUGGCCUUCUGGCUUCUACACAGCAUAGCUUUGGCCAUAGCACACGGGAUCACGCAGGAGGACAAGAAAGUGGGCCAGGAGUUAUAUCAGAGUUCAAUAACACUCUGAGCACACAGACUUUGUCCUGGCUCGGGGUCUCUCGGGUCUCUGGAGCUCGGUAUAUAAACCGUUCAGCCGUCUCCUGGAUCAGUGUCUUCACAGAUACCAGAGGGUGCAUUUGGUUUUUUGAUUUGUGUCUCAGGAUGAAAGUCUUAAAGGGAGCGCUGCUGCUGCUGCUGCUGCUCGCUGUUGCUAACGCGAAGCCAGACCACCAUCACGAUCACGAUCACGAUCACGAUCACGAUCACAAUCACAAUCACACGGAUCAAAAGCCUGCGGACCCCGAUCACUGCCAGGUCCUAAAGAUGCUUGCCAAAGACGACCUGCAGCAGAUUUUGGGGGACUGGGUCCUGGUCUGGUCGGUUUCGGACCACCAACAUGGUCAGGACCUCCUGAAGAACCUCAGCAGCUCCCAUGCAGAGAUCAGACUUCAGGAGGACAAUCAGACCCUGAUGUUCAGCGAGAGGAAGCGCUUCAGUAACAACAACUGCAUCAACAACUUCAAUAACAUGUCCAUGGAGCUCCUGCACAACCCCAACCAAACAACGCACCCCAUCGAAGGCAAGUUUGAGGUUGAUGGAGUCCUCUAUCCCUACAAUGAAACCGCGAUUGUGAAUUUCUACGAGACGUGUCCUAACUGCAUGAUGGUUAUGAUCAAGCCGAAGUCAAUGGUGAACUCCCUGCUGAACUACAGGAAGGAGGGUCACCAUCAGGAUGUGGAUCACAUGAAAGCAGAUCACGAUACUCACAGGAAAAUGGCAGAGUGUUUGGGAUUCGACCACGACCAGCCGUUCAUCUACGAUGGAGUCGCAGAUUUCUGUCAUAAGAAAUCCUCUCUAGAAAUGGCGGUCGAUCUACCACCACCGAUGUAGGGCGAAAGAAGAUCGAACAAACAUCCGAGUGUCAACAAACAUGUUGUUCAGCAAACAAUAAAAGCAAAUACUGAAACCUC